AUGAGCUCCUCAACAUCACUCCGUUUCGCGAGUGUCAUUCGCAACGUUGCACUAAGGCGAUCGCCCCUAUCUUUGCGUGCGUACGCAACGCCUGCAACGUACAAACAACACGAAAAAGACCCUCAGCUUGCCGAUUACCCUGACCUUCCAUGGUUAUCAGACCAGGAACUUCCUCCUAGAGGCUGGUGGGAUCAGCAAAUGCGACGGAACUUUGGGGAUCCGAUACAUGAAUACGACGAAGUCUUGUCCAUGUGGGGUCCUGAUACUCCUCCGAUUGCCCCUCAAAAGGCUCUGUUCCAGCUUUCUCUCGCCAUCUCGGCAUUCGUUGGCUUCGGUUUCCUAUGCAAGUACGCACUCGUACCAGACAGACCAACCAUACCCCGGGAAUACCCGUACUCCGGUCUUGUACGUGAACUUGGCGGACUUGAGGAAAAUAAGGCUAGAGAAGAGACUGAAGAGAUCGACGAGUAA